CCGCAACAUCAAGACAUUCUGGAGCAGACGAUGGCUACCACGACUUCUCUGCCCAAUCUGGAACAAUCCGAGGUCGAAAGGAUGGCUGUGGGCCGUCGAGUAUUUGACGAAGGCCCGGAUACUAUUCGAAAAGCAGGCCACGUUUAUCGACUUCGUCGGGAAGUUGAAGCCAUGGAGUGUGUCGCCAAUCUCACAUCGAUACCAAUUCCGCAGAUUGUCGAGACGCACCUGGACGCAGAGCCGAAUUCCGAAGAGCUGGAAGACAUCGGAUGGAUCCGCAUGAAGCGCAUGCCUGGCCAGAACCUUGGCGAUGCGUGGCCAACCAUGACCGACACUGCACGCGCCCGAACGGAGAGACAGCUGAAGUCCUACAUCCAGGAACUGCGUCAACUGCCCUUGUCUCAUCCUGGCCGUGUUUGCUCAUGCUCUGGGGGGCCAGCAUACGAUCACCGCAUAACCAACAUGUCAACUUGUGGCCCGUUCGAUACCAUCAGCGACUUUCAUGACAUGCUUGUCGCGCCGGUCAAGGAGAGUCCACGUCCGGAUUGGGCUGAUAAGUACCGAAAGCUCCUGCCAGACACAUAUUCAGCUGUUUUUCGCGCAUGCAGAUCUCUCGUGGGAGAACAUUCUCGUUGACGCCGAGUCUGGCGAUGUUACUGCCGUGCUUGACUGGGAGAUGGCGGGUUUCUGGCCCGAGUGGUGGGAAUACAGAAAGGCGUUGUACGGUUCGCGGCCCCAACCGUGGUGGAGAGACGUGUUAGAAAAUAUCAUGGACAAGUAUGAUCCCGAGACAGAAGCGGAUAUGGACCUGGAAAUGUUUUGGCAUCACUGAUUCCGGAUCUUCCUUGCCGGCUCUCGCGGCGCUUACGGGACAGAUAAAAAUGGGGCCGUGUACCGGACCGGACCGUGGUGGCGCUCAGGACCGGAGCACGGGACUGGCAUAUUCCGCGCCGACGAAAAUUUUGGGUCCUGGGCGACUUUUUUUUUUCUUGGGUGAGCAGCGGCAACAGCAAGCAGCAGCAUCGCCAAACGGUACACCCCGCCUGUUCAACCUGCAAAACGCUGGACAUCGCUGCCCGGCACAACCACACAUCGCAACAAUGGCGCCUUCAAAAGAAGUCGUCGCCGCUGGCUCCAGUCCGCUGGCGUCGAUUGACCCCGACCAGACCCUCAAGGCAUCCAAGGCGCUGCUCGCGCACAUUAAGAAGGCGGCCAAGCAGAGCGCCGACGAGGCCACCAAGAAGAAUCUGCUCGAGGAUGACGAGGCCGACGACACACCCAUCUGGCUCACCCUCACCACCAAGCGCCACAUCACCGACAAGGCCCGUCUGCAGCCUGGCAAGAUCACGCUGCCGCACCCGCUCGUCAAGAUCCCCGAGUCCGAUUCCGAGUCGACACCCGUGACGACCACCAUCUGCGCCAUCACCGCUGAUCCGCAGCGUGCGUAUAAGAACAUCAUCGGCUCUGACGAGUUCCCCGCUGCCCUGAGUCGCCGCAUCACCCGCGUCAUCGACUUCACCAAGCUCAAGGCAAAGUACAGCCAGUACGAGGCCCAGCGCAAGCUCUUCUCCGAGCACGACGUCUUCGUCGCCGACGAGCGCAUCAUCAACCGCCUGCCCAAGGUCCUCGGCAAGACCUUUUACAAGACGUCCCUGAAGCGACCCAUCCCCGUCAACCUGCAGGCCAAGCGCCCCAAGGUCGACGGCAAGCGGCCCAAGCGCGACAAGAAGAACGAUGCCGAUGGCGCCGACAUCAACGCUGGCACCGCGGCCGACAUCGCCAAGGAGAUUGAGAAGGCGCUGGGCUCCGCGCUCGUGAGCCUCGCGCCCACGACCAACACCGCCGUGCGCGUCGGCUACGCCAGCUUCACGGCGCAGCAAAUCGCUGACAAUGUCGACGCCGUGGCCACGGCCCUCGUCGCCAAGUGGGUGCCGCAGAAGUGGCGUAACGUCAAGAGCAUCUACAUCAAGGGCCCCACGACGGCGGCCCUGCCCGUCUGGCUGACGGACGAGCUGUGGGUCGACGAGCGCGACGUGAUUGCCGAUGAUGACGCCCGCGCCAUCGCCGCCUCGGCCGAGAAGGCCAACAUUGGCAAGAAGCGCAAGGCUGUCGCCGCGGCAGAGGCCGUGGACGCCGCGGAAGAGGAGGCAGCCGACUCUCCGGCACCCAAGAAGAAAGCCAAAAAGGCCAAGAAGCCCGAAGCCGACGAUGACGUCCUCGACAAGCAGAUUGCGGACCGUAAGGCCAAGCUCAAGAAGCAAAAGGCGACUGCCAAGAAGGCGAUGGAAGCGUAGGAGCUUUGCGGCUGAUGGACGUGUCGUGUAAUGAGCGGUGAUGCGGUGCAGAUGCAUGCGGGCUCUGGGCGUUGCGGCGUUGAGUUGGGAAUCAUACAGAUAGAACCGUACAUGCAAUUUACAUGGUCAUGUCAGUGUUGGGGUUAUGUCAAUAUCCACUGGCUACUGCCAUCUGUCUAGUGCAAAUAAAAUGACUACGCUGGCUCUCCCUAGGUACACAAGUGGCAAAAAUACAAAGGCUCAUAGCUCGUCGGAUUCAAACAUGUCCGCCGCCUUGGACUUGACCGGGCCGAAGAACUCGGCCAUUGUGUCGUUGAGGACCUC